CGUCAGGGGAUCCUCGCUAUGGCGUUGCCACCAGCCAGCCUGUCAAGAGCGCCUUAAUCAUGUGUGAUUGAAACACUUCGGCCAGUGCAGCGCCUGACCAGCAGCAGUCCCCAGAGUCGCGGCGGACAACGGCACAGACCGGAGCAGUGUUGGAGGGCGUUGGAGCUUUGAGAGAAGUCAGUCCGGCACACCCGGGGACAGCAGCAUGUCGCCAUAGGACGGCGGGGGGACGUGUGGGCCUUUUCUCAACAUGUACGUGGGAUACCUUUUGGAAAAAGAAGGCAGUAUGUAUCACCAAGGACCUGUGCGCCGUUCCAGCAUCAACCUGCCGGCACAGAACUUCGUUUCUACACCGCAGUACUCCGACUACACGGGAUACCACCAUGUGCCCAGUAUGGAAAGCAAUCCCGCGCCGUCUUCGGGCCCCUGGGGCCCCGCGUACGGCGCGCCCCGGGAGGACUGGUGCGCCUACGGCCUGGGACCCCCGAACUCCUUGCCUGCGCCCAUGAACGGCUCCUCGCCCGGGCAGGUCUCCUACUGCCCCCCGCCCGACUACAGCUCAAUGCACCCUCCCGCAUCCGGGGUGCAGCUGCCACCCCCGGAGAACGUGGCCGCGGCGAUGCACUCGCCGGAGCGGGAGAGGCGCAACUCCUACGAGUGGAUGAGAAAAACUGUGCAGUCGUCAUCAACCGGUAAAACGAGGACUAAGGAGAAAUACAGAGUUGUGUACACAGAUCACCAGAGACUGGAACUGGAGAAGGAAUUUCAUUACAACAGAUACAUCACUAUCAGACGGAAGUCAGAACUGGCGGUGAACCUCGGACUUUCGGAGCGACAGGUGAAGAUCUGGUUUCAGAACCGUAGGGCCAAAGAGAGGAAGAUGAUCAAGAAGAAGAUGGGUCUGUCCGACGGCAGGGGAGGCUCGGUACACAGCGACCCGGGGUCAGUGAGUCCUCUCCCGGUCCCACCUCCAUUGAGCCCUUCGGAUAUUCACGGGUCGAUUUACCAGCCACCUGGGAUGAAUACCUUACCACCCAUUGGAAAUAUACAGCAAAUUACUGUUACCGUGAAAAAGGAGUCGCAACUGGCGACGUACAACCAGGCCGAGCACCCUGACGCACUGAGCAGGCAGUUCUGCCCAACUUAAACUCCCGCUUUUUUCCAAACUCUGCAGAGCGAGAUGUUCAACCGUCUUCGACAGGAUACAAAUGCAAAGUGCGAGUCGAAUUUUUUUGUGACUGAAAAAAAAAACUGCUACAGGCUCUUCUUCGUUUUACUACGUAGUUUAGUUAUUUUUUUAUAAAAAGAAAAUACAAAACGUCCCCACCGUCAGUGUUCUCAGAACCACAAUAACUUUUUUUAUUUUGGUAGAUCGUUUCUUCGCGUUUGGUUUGUUUAUGAAGAUAUAAAUAUCGUUCUUUUGUAUGUAUGGUGAAUGUAAAAAAAAUACUUUUAAAUGUUUGUAAAUUAAAGUAAAAAAAAAGAAAGCCUGAUUCAGGUAGAUGUUUUAAAGAAGUCCAACGUGAAUGGCCUUAUGUUUCCCAAGAGGAAUUUCUCCAAUCAGUGCUGGAAUUGCACGGGACAAAGGACUAAGGGCUUUGAGGCUGUGCUGGCGCACCGAACCUGCACAGAACCGACUCCUGCAGGUCGUGUGCCCUCUGGGGCGACGCACAAUUUCGAUGCCUGCGUGAGGCAGGUGCAAUUCUUUAUACGUCGAGUUAAUACGGGUACAUUUGAGUGCAAACGUUCAGUGCUGUAAAU